GAGCUGGACGCACCGUUGGGAGACCGCCGACUCGCUCCAAUGCUGACAGUCACCAUGAACCCCGGAAGCUUGGCCUUCUUGCUCGUGUUGCUGCUCUUUGCAAUUCUCGCCAACGGUCAGUUCUACGGUGACGGCGGUUUUUCAGAAUUUCCAGGGCGGUUCCGAGGAAGAGCGGGAGGCCAGUUUCCCAGAGGAAGUUCGCCAUCAGGCUUUGCGCGAGCGUUUCCAAGACGAGCCUACGCCGAAAGCUACCCCGUAGGAUCGUCUGGCGGCUUUCCCGAAGGUCUAUCCACAGGAGCCAGGGUCAGAACGUGCAAGGAACACACAUGUCCCCUUGGAACCCGGUGCGUAGCCGCAAAUGUUCGGUGUGUUCGAGCUCCGUGCUACCCGAUCCUGACCUGUAUUUCCUAAACCACACAAUCAAGAUGGAUGAGCGAGACCUGUAUUUUCGCUGUUUCAGAAAAAAAAAA